UUAGUCGAUAAUUUUAUCGAUGAACUUACAUUCCUACCACAAGGAAUAAGAUUAUGUUAUAUAUGCUACAAACAAAUUUUGUAUAAUGGAUUGUGAAAGUAUACAAAUGGCAAUCGCAGAAGAAGUUCAGCCCACGACUCGCAAGGAAUGCGGCAAAAGGGGGCGAAAACCAGGAAGAAAGACGUCGAAUGAAAGAAUUGAUAUGAAAGCAAAACUUGAGCGUAGCAGACAAAGUGCUAGAGAGUGCCGUGCUCGCAAGAAAUUACGAUAUCAGUAUCUCGAAGAAUUGGUUGCUGAUCGUGAGAAGGCUAUUAUAUCAUUACGGGAUGAACUGGAGCGUUACAUGCUAUGCAGUAAACAGUUGUGCGACAAAAUUUCAUCAAAUAAUAUCGACUAUUUACUCAAGGAUAUUGGAAUUGUUAAACAGGAGCAAACAUUUUAACCUUAAAUACUUCCUAAUACUCACCACUGUAUAAAGUUUAUUUUCAGAUUACACGCAAAGCUUAUCUUAUUUAUAUA